AUCAUGGUUAACACGGUCAACAAUACUUUAUUACUGUGACUAUUGUAUCGUUAUCCCUGUAACAGCAGCAGGCUAUAAUAGCCGUUUGGCGUUUUCGUAGUAGAAAGUAUAGUAAUGGCUGAUCCUCGUAUCAAGACUUUAAAGAUCAAAACUGGAGUAGUGAAAAGAUUAACAAAAGAGAAACUUAUGUAUAUACAAGAAACAGAACAACAACAGGAAAAAGUUCAGAAAUUGAAAGAGGCUGGAAUUGAUGAAAGUACAUUUAAAAAACAAGAAGAAGUACUAAGAGAGUCACAGAUGAUGAUACCGGACACUCAAAGAAGAUUAAAAGCUGCAUUUGAAGAUUUGAAAAGUGUUGUAGCUGAUUGUGAAGAGCUUAAAGAUGAACCAGAUUAUUUAAAUGCGCAAAAGUUUUUAGCUGAGGCUGAAAAAGAAAUUAAUUAAUUUCUAUAAUUCUUUUUUCAUUCAUUUAAAACACUAACAUUUUUUUUCUUAACUAAAACU